GUUCACGCUGCUGCGUUCCUGCCUUCAACGCUUUGUCGCCGCCGCGCUCUCUCCCCUGCCGUCCCACCUCCUCUUCCCCAUACCGAUUCUCCUGCUCUCCCCGAAUCUGCAGCUGCAGCUGCAGCGCAGUGAUCGAUCAUUCGGCGUUGGUUUUUCCUGAAAGAGCAUCUCUCGUCCAUCCCACAGCAUUCGCUGUCAAGAUAAAGCCGUCACCUCGGGACUCCCUGCCUGCGUCUUUCUUUGGGGGUUUGGAUUCUCACAAUUCAGCUUGGUUUCAACCGCACGGUGCUUGUGUUCUCCACCUUCUUCACAUCAUGGCAGCACUCGCGCCCGGUGUUCUGAUGAAGCUUCUCAAUGGGAUGAACACGGGAAGCCAGAAGCCUGUGGGCGAGCACCGGACCGCACUCUUGCAGGUUACCGACAUCGUCCCCGCCGACCUCGACGAGAAGGACCUCUGGCCCAAGCACGGCUUCUACAUCAAGCUCUCCGACUCGUCCAACUCCAUCUACGCCAGCCUGCCGUUCGACCAAGACGACCUUGUUCUGAGCAACAAGCUACAGCUCGGCCAGUUCAUCCACGUCGAUCGGCUGGAGCCGGGGUCCCCCGUUCCCGUGCUCGUUGGCGCCAAGCCGCUGCCCGGCCGACACCCCCUCAUGGGCACGCCGGAACCCAUCGUUCGUUGCAGAGGAAGCGGCGAGAAAUCAUCGGCCAGGCACGCCACUGCUUCUUCCGUUCCCAGAAGAGGUUCCUGGGAGCAGAACCCCGUCAUAAAGCCGACGGCCUUGGACUUCGAGGACAAAACGCCGGGGAAGGGCCGGACGCAUGGUGGUGUUUUGUCGCCACCACCAAGUGGAACACCAGGCAAGGAAGGAAGCUCCGGCAUCAAUACGAGAUCGUCGGUGAGCGGGGCUCUUCUGUCUAAGAUGUCGGACGCCAAGGAAGCAAGCUCAGCUGCGGUAAGGAAAAGCUGCAGCAUCUCCAGAUUCUCAAGGAGCAAGACCGUCGCCGAGCGAGAUCCUAAGAUCCCAAAGAGUCCCUUCCCAAGUGUGGUUAAGGACGUAACUCACACACCCAUGACCAAAUUGAGAAGUGCUGCCAGAGAUGCCGAGGACUCUCGUUGGGCAUCAUCUGAUGAACAAAGCAGUUCAACUACGAUCGACAACACGCAUUACCAUCUAUCUGAAGAAUGUGACACCGCAAAGCAAAGUUCCAGCGAAGGCAUGUCCUUGCCCGGAAGGCUCAGCGUUCUCGGAAAGGAGGCUCUGGAGCAUAGAGAAGCAGCUCAGAAGGCAGCUCUUCAGGCCCUCCGUGAUGCUUCUGCCACCGAAUCUGUAGUUCGGGUCGUCAGAACGUUUUCGGAAUUGAGCAGUAGUGCGAAGCCCGAAGCACCAGCCGCUUGCUUCGAUCAGUUUCUGAGCUUUCACCAAGAGAUCGUGCAGGCAGUGGCUGAUAUAGAAGCGAUUCAAGCAGCUACUUUAAUCACUCCACCACCCCAGGAGGAAUCGACAAAGAACCAAAUCGACAAGGAUGACGCAUCCAUUUUGCGAGAGAGAGAUCACAACUCAAACAACUCGACUGCAACCUCAACCAAGAGAAGAGCGGUAGCAGCAUCCAAAUCCGUUGGUGAGACAAACGAGUUCAGAGCAAGCCUCCGCAAGCACCCAAGAUCAAACGCAAACCAUAAGAAAGGACAGGACGACACUGGUGCCGAAGAGGUCAAAGCACCAACUUCCAGUUUAGGGAGCUCAAUCAAAUUGGCGAAACAGAUACGAGGUGAAGCGGGAAAAUGGUUCAUGGAGUUUUUGGAGACAGCGUUGGAGUCAGGUCUGAAGAAAGUUAAAGGAUCAAUGGGUGGUGGUGAUGGGUUGAUGGCAGUAGUAUCCUGCCCGCAGUCACUGAUCUUGAGGGUCAUAAACUGGGUAGAGUUGGAGCAAUGCGAAAGCAGCAGCAAGAAGCCCCUCCAUCCAAGAGCAGCACAAAUAGCAAGAAGGCUAAGGAUCAAGGCAAAGAACCCUUGAAUCUAACUAGUAUGAUGGUUGGAGAAAUGUGAAAGCGGCAGCAAGAAGGAGGCUAAGGAUCAAGGCAAAGAACAUUUGAAUCUAGUAUGGUUGGGGACAUCACUCGAUUGUUCUGUUCUAGUACUGGUCGUGUUCUUAACUCAUCUACUAAACAAUCUUGUAUUUUCGUUUCAUUUGGCGUUGUAAAUAAU